AUGGAUGUAUAUGAGAUUAAUAUCAAGAAGGCACCGAGCAAAAAGGAGAUCGAGCUUAGGCUACUAGAGGAGGGUAAUGCCCGAAAUGCAGCACCUGCUCGCAGGUCUGUGGCGACAUGGAUAUCAAUGGGGUUGGCAAUUGAAGAGGCUCAAAUCGCAUUGCUCAUUGAGGUCCGAAGAAUUGGCCAGAUAGAUGGAUUCACUCGGUCUGCUAUUACGCAUCUCGGAGAGGGAUUUGAUGCAGAUGAUGAUCCUGAAGACUUGUACUUGGACAUUCUUGAUGAUCUCGAUGAUGACUUGGCAGACUUCACCGAGACAUCUGACACAUGGGCAAACUCCCCUGAGCUCACUGUAAUCCCAUUGCCAUCAAACCUCGGGGUAGAUCGAUGCAGACGCUGUAUGGCAGACGAUCUCAUUCCGCUGGAGAUGUCUCUUCGUGAAGGGCAGGCCAAUGACUCCCUUCACAACCUCUGA